AUGGCUCCUCCUCCGAGCCCCCUUAUCAUAGAUGCCCAGGCCGUGUCGGGGAUCACCGGCUCUAUCUCGAUUGCCUGCUGGAUUAUUGUUUUUGCGCCGCAGAUCUACCAGAAUUUCGUGCGCUCGAGCGCCGAGGGUCUCUCGCUCAUGUUCGUUGUUCUCUGGCUACUCGGCGACCUCUUCAAUGUUGUGGGCGCCAUUUUGCAAGGAGUCCUGCCCACCAUGAUUGUUCUGGCCAUCUACUACACUCUUGCGGACGUGGUUCUUCUUUGGCAGUGUCUGGUGUACGGCCAUGGCAAACCGAAACAUGUGGACCCUAUCCACCUAUCUCCCGCCAAUCCGCUCACCGAGCACGAGCCGUUGCUUGAAAAUGUGAUAAGUCGCGGCGAAGAAGAUGCUGCAGACACGACUGGCGACGUGGGCAGCUUCAACGACAUUGACGGCGUGAACAUGAACGGAUCUCAGGAACGCAGCAAGGAGCUGUUCUACAACCUGCUAAUGGUGUUGCUCGUGGUGGUAUCUGGCUUCGGCGGCUGGUUUUUCGGUGGGUCAAGAGACAACAAUUCUCCGCCGCCAGACGACGAGAGUCUGGAGUUCAAUCCGCUUGCCCAGACAUUUGGCUGGCUUUGCGCAGUCCUGUAUUUGGGGUCUCGGGUCCCUCAAAUUUUGCUCAACUUCGAAAGAAAGUCUUGCGAGGGCAUUUCGUUCAUGUUCUUCCUUUUCGCAUGUCUUGGAAACAUCACCUACGUGGUGUCCAUUCUGAGCGUCAGCACAGGCUACAGAUAUUUGUUGGUAAACUCGUCCUGGUUGGCUGGGUCUUUGGGGACCCUGGCGCUGGAUUUCUGCAUAUUCAUACAGUUCUUUUUGUACAAGCACGAAGAGGAGCCGGAGGAGUUCGAUACGGACGACGAGACUGCACCCAUUGCCUCGUCCACACGCUCUUACGACGCUGCCUGA